GUAGCGGGAGCAGCAGCAGCACCAGCAAGAGGACCCGGCACCGCUGAGGAGGAGGAAGAAGAGGAGUAUGUAGUGGAGAAGGUUUUAGACCGCCGAGUGGUGAAGGGAAAAGUGGAGUUUCUCCUGAAAUGGAAGGGAUUCUCAGACGAGGAUAACACAUGGGAACCACAGGAGAACCUGGACUGCCCAGAUCUCAUCGCAGAGUACAUGCAGAAACACAAAGACAAGGAAGAGAAAAAGAAGGAGGGCAAGAGAAAAACUGCCAGUGAGGCCUCGGGAGAUUCAGAAGAGCGUGGGAGCAAGAGGAAAAAGGAGGAGGGUGAAAAGGCCAGAGGUUUUGGCAGAGGUCUGCAGCCAGAGAGGAUUAUUGGAGCGACGGACUCGAGUGGAGAACUGAUGUUCCUCAUGAAGUGGAAGAACUCAGAUGAGGCUGAUCUCGUCCCAGCCAAGGAGGCUAAUGUCAAAUGUCCCCAGGUGGUCAUCUCUUUCUAUGAGGAGCGACUGACCUGGCAUUCGUACCCCACAGAAGAGGAGGAGAAGAAAGAAGAGGAGAAAAAAGACUAGAGGAGUAAAGGAGGAGGCAGAGGUGGAAAGAGAAAAAGGGGUGGUGUAGAGUUGUAGGAUAGUAAAUCAGAUGUUGAAUCAGAUUAACUGUUCAGAUUAGUAAAAUCUUACAGCCACUUUGGCAGCAAAGCUUUGGAAUUGAGCUGCCAGCGUAGCUGAUAGAUGUUAGUUUUCCUGUUGUGGAAGGCGACACGCAGCCUUUGCUCAAAAGAUGCUCCCACCUGUAUCUCAACUGAAACUGUUGAAGAGGUAUGUUGACACAGUCUUUCCUUUGCAUCUUUCCCUCACCAAGAACAUGUCACUGGAUAGGAGUGGGUGCUUUUGUUCUCCUAGUAUUGCUGAAGAUCGAACUGAAUACAUUGAAAUGACCGGUGACAAGUGCCUGGUGCUGGUAAUACAGGACGUUGUCAGAUUACAUCUUUAAUACAUGCAUUCAGUCACCACUCCUCAAUUAUUAAUCCUGCUUUAAACAUGCAUCAGGUGAGAAGAAGUGGAAAGAGGACAGUGAAGUGUGGUGGCUUGAAAAUGACAAACUUUCCUUUCUGUUUAGUCAGGAUAAACUGGGGGGGAACUUGUUUUGAAAGGCAAAGGAUUACAAGAAUGGGCAAACAUUUGGUCUCUUUCAAUAUUUGUUCUUUGUGCCACCUCAGUUCUCGUUCUUGCUGACACAGCACUGUUCUUCAUUUAACUCUCAAACACCAAAAGGCAACUGUAGGUUUGACUCAGACAGGGACAAAUUGACGAUCAGAGGUUACAGUCUACAUGAAAUGACCACCAGUCUAUUGCUAAUGUCCUUUACAUGCCAGCCAACCAGCCAGUGUUCAGAUAUCAUGCACUUCUGUGCUCAGAGAGUUCAGUCAUUCCAGCUAGGGAUGGUGCUACAGCUUGAGCUUUUGAGGACAAAGGUGCUUACUUUCAUUACUUGGCUGGCCUACAGUAUUUGUUUAAUAGGAAGCCAAAUAGUCAUGUGGUAACAGGGCUAGAAGAAUAUUUCCAAUAUUCAGAGGUAGGGAACCUUAUAAACGUACAGACUUUGUUUAAUCCCUGGCGGCUGUAGCUGGUUUGAUCCCCAAACUGCAUCUUAGGCUGACUGGUUACCUGCCCAAGUGGCUGGCAGAGUGUACAGAUUCGGCAGUAAGAACAGCACCUGGCUGGCUGUAACUUCCACUGAAUGAUGGGCGCACUGACUUCAGAUGAAGAGUUUCAUAUAACAUAUUCUCAUAUAGUAGUUAGUGUUGUACUUGUUCAGGCUCAGUAUUGGCAGUGGAAAGAACUACUCCCCGAAGAAGUGGAGAUGCCUCGUGACAUGUAGAAUAGAGGGGAGAAGUGUUGAGAACCAGCUGAUGAUCAUUCAGACAGCCCAGCAGAGCUGCAGGAUGCAUUUCUGAGAAUCUGCAGGUAUACUUCUAUAUUUUUUUAUUUUAACCUAUCAGAGCACCGCUGUCCUGUUUCCGGAGUUCAUCAUAGGUAGCAUUGUUUUUAAAUCAAGCAACUCUAAAUUGGCCAGUAUUAGCUCAUUGCUGAAAUGUAUAACUAUCUGCAUAUAUUAACCCAUAAAAGAAAAUAAAUGGAAAUAGAAAAAUGCCAAAGAUGUUUUCACAGUGUCACAAUUUUAUAGUUUAUAGAGACUAGUGACACAUUUAUUUUUAGCUGUGGUAUGUCCUGCUCGCUAUCUUGGUCAUAACUGUUCAAAAACAAGAUUAAAUGAACCCUAUCAAAAAUGUCUGUUACAGGUUGUGUAAGGAAAAUAUUUAUUGGCUAAUAUGUUAUCGGAUUCUUUUAAACUCACAGAUGUCAGUGUUGACCUCAAAAGUUCUGUAUCAGUUGAGCCCUACUCAGAAUGACAGGAUGCUUUGAAUGACUGGCGUUAACUUUUUCAUUUGCAAAG